ACUAGUAUACUGCAAGAAAUAAUGGUGUUCUUUUGAAGCUAUAUUCUGUUGUUGAGAAAUUUUAAAUAGGAGACAGAAAAUGGACAGAAAUUGAUACAGAGUGCCAUAACCAUAACUGCAGAUGAUAACAAGUUGGUGUCAAAUUGGAGCAAAUAAUUACACACAAAAUGAUUUUCAUUGAUAAUAACAACGUGAAGUACGAGGUCUGCCAAGUAACGGUGACAGAGGAUAGUAAAAUUGAAUUUACUUUAGAGAAUGAACCAGGCAAGAGGGUCAUUGAACAGAUGCCACAUAAGUUUACUCCAUUACACACUGGAACAUUACAUCCAGAAAUAACCCCCGUCCAGCCGGGGGAACAUCGAAAAUGUAAACUGUGUGAAAAACGGUUCACAGACACAGAGUCGUUAGAAAAGCACAUGGGUUUACACACAUAUGGCAGGGGAUAUAACUGUGAAGUAUGUGGGAAAUCUUUCAGUGCCAAGUCCUUCCUAAAAGUCCACAUGAUGAUUCAUACAGGGGAGAGGCCUUUUGUCUGUGAAAUUUGCAACAAGGGAUUUUCCAGAAGUUCCAACCUAAAGGCACACCGUCUUACUCACACGAAGGAAAAGCCUUUUAAAUGUGACUUCUGUGAGAAAGUUUUCACUCAUCCGUCUAACAUGAAGAAACACAUAAACUCACAGCACUCGGAAGGAAGGCCUUAUAAAUGUGAAUACUGCGAUAAAAGCUACAAACUAUCCAAGCAUCUAAGAAGACACAUUUUGGUUCAUAAUGUAGAUAAAGAUAAAGUAAAGUAUGCCUGUAAUAUUUGUGACAGAUUAUAUUCUUCAAAAGAAGCAGUAAUUAGACACAAAAAGCAGCACAAGUUGCCUCCAGCAAGUGAUGUUUCUGAAAUGUCUGAUUUAGUUGGUGAAGAGCUCUUUACCGAUGAGAAUGGUAUUCUGCAAGUAAAACGAGAGGUUGUAAUUCCCCCCGAGAAAAUCCAGAUUGAAAUGCCGUCCCCUGUAAAACUAGUACCAAAAAGGGUGGUGAAUACAAUGAUGAAGUGUGAGCAUUGCACAAAAAGAUUUGUGAAUCAAGUGGACCUGGACAAACACUUGACUCUACAUACAGGAGAAAGACCUCACAAAUGUCUAGUCUGUCACAAGGCCUUCAACGCAAAGUCAUUUCUGAAGGUCCACAUGGCCACACACUCCAGUGAGAAGCCGUUCAAGUGUGAUGUAUGUGGAAAAGGUUUUAACCGACCCUCAAACCUGAAGGCUCAUAGAAUAACUCACGAUAAUCCAAAGCCAUACCCUUGUAAUAUCUGUGGAAAGAUGUUUUCCCAUCCCUCAAAUGUCCAGAAGCAUAUCAGAAUACACACAGAUGAGAGGCCUUACCAAUGUGAAUAUUGCGAUAAAAAUUUCAGACAAUCCAAGCAUUUGACCAGACACAUGCUUAUACACACAUCAGCGCCCGGUUCACUUAGAUGUGCUCGAUGUGAUAAAAGAUUUUUAGAUGAAGAGGAGUACCUAAGGCAUAAGCGAGAACAUGAGCUGAAAAAGCAGUUCCAGUGUGAAGUUUGUGACAGAACUUUUUUCCGUUCAUCACAUUUGAAAAGACACAUUCGAACCCAUACCUCAGGAAGAGCAAAUCCAUGUGAUUAUUGUGGAAAGCCAUUUAACUCCAUAGCAAACCUUAGGAGGCAUCUGAUGAUAAAUCAUAAAAAAAAUACCAAACAUCAGUGCCAGGUCUGUGGUCAAAUGAUUCUUCAGCCAUCUCAUCUAGAAAAACACAUUAAAGAACAUCAGUGCCCUGUUGUCAAUGUGAAGGAAGGAGAAAGUAUUUUCCCAGAGGAAAACAACACAGAUGAAAGGGCCUAUAAGUGUUACCUCUGCAAGAAAACGUUUAAGCAACACACUUUUCUGAAGAAGCACCUCGAAAUGCACAACAGUAAGGUUCUGUACAAGUGUGGGGUUUGUGAGAAAAUUUAUCCUUCUAUGGCAGGCAUGAAAAAACAUAUGGAAAUGCAUGGUGAUGGUCCAUUUAAAUGUUUUGUAUGCUCAGUAGAAUUUGAGGAGUAUUUGGACUUGAAAGAGCAUCAAAAUAUACAUCAAAACAGUGAAGAGGAGAAAAAAUAUGCUUGUGACCUGUGUAAAAAACGUUUCAAAUAUCGACUGUCUCUUAGAAAGCACAAGGAACUGCAUAAUUUAGAGGAGCCAGUUGCUACAAUCUUUCAAUGUGAAAUUUGCUCACAAACUUAUCACAGCCGUGCCUCUCUUUCAAGACACUUGAAAACUCAUGAAGUGCAGUCUCUCGAGAUAGAGGGGGAUGGAGGAGUGUCCCAGACAAUACAUUACGUGUUAGAUCACAGUGUUCCUAUUUCAAAUGAAAUGGAGCUUCAAAACCAGACAGUCCAAUUACUACCAAGUAAUGAGGCUACUGAUGAAGUAGCCGAAAUUGAAAUUCCAGCCAAUGCAGUUCAAUAUUUUACAGAGGAAGGAGGACAGCAAGUAUUACACAUUGCCUUCAAUGAUAUAGAAAAUCAGAUAUCAGAAACAGUCCAGUCAGUACAAGUGAUAUCUUAUGGGGCAGAUGGAAAUGUCGAGGUACAAGAAGUUGCAGCUGAUAACAGUAAGAGAACAGAAUUGCAGAUAGCUACUGAUGAUUCUGUUAGGAGAAAGGACUUUCCAAUUCCUGCAGCCCAUAAUGGAAAAACAGAAUAUCAGGUCAUUGAGACAGACAGGCAAGGAAAUCCAGAUGUGCUUGUAGUAACUGCCGAUAAAUGUCAGAAUGAAAAACGUCAAAUUGUUGCCAGCAACAUCUCUAACAAUGCAGAUAACCAUUCUUUUACAGCAGAUGGCAGAGGAAUAAGAUUGACAUCAGCAAAUUAUCAAGUUGCUACAAGUAGCAGUCAGAAAAACACAGGAGCACAUGUUGCUGUGGUAGAUGGCAAAAUGAUUAGUGAUACUUCUGCAAAUUAUCAAAUUGUUACCUCCAGUAACCAGAAUGUAGAAAGACAUGUUGCUGCAGUGGAUGCUAAAGCUGCUAGUGUAGCACUAAAAUCUGUUAGAUUUAAGAACAUUCAAACUGUUACAGAGGUGCAACAAUCAAAAGAGGAUCCAAAUACAAUGACUGUGAUGAACUUCAGUGAAGGAACCUCUGAUGGCAAGGAUCCAUUUGAGAGCAUAUCAUUGGUGUUGUCUGAUGAAUCUGGAAAACAGUAUAUCCAGGUCCCAUCAGAAAUUCUCAACAAAGCAAUCAAACUUCAGUCAUCUUCAGCAGAACCAAUGGUUUGCACUGAACCAAGUUCAAAAACACAUCCCUUGGACAACAGUUCCUCUGUUGAAACUGUAAAUAUUAUCUAUGAAGAAGCCCCUACAGGAAGUGAAAUUUCAAGUACCGAAGGACUCAUCCAACUAGCAGAAAGAGCUAUACAUUCAGAAGUGAAUGGACCUGAACAUUUAGCAGAGACUGUUGUUAUUUUUGAGUCACCCUCUAAAGUUUCCAACUCAGAUCAUUCCUAUGUUAAUGUCGCUGAAGAAGGUAUUCAGCCUGGUCUAGAUGUGUGAUUGGUUACAUUAUUAUUGGAAGUCCGACUUUUGAGCUAUCUUUUUUUAUUUGAUAAUUAUUGUAUUAAUGCUUGGAUGAGAUUAGCUCAGAUCUGCAGUUCACUGGCCUGAAAACACUGA